GGGGUCUCCUUAGUGCGCUGCACUGUAACCGGAAGUUGUUGGUGCCCUGCUGCAAAAAUAUGCCCUAGCUAGCCGAAUGAAUGGACAUUGUGGUGCACUGAGGUGCCUUUGUCCACAAUUUUUUAAAACAUGACAUCGCCACAUAAGCUCCUCAUUGAACCCUAAGGUGUCUUCGGUCCGCGGUGUCGUAUCUUCGGGUGCCCAGCCAUGGCAGCGAGGAUGAAGCUGAAGCUGAAGACGGUGUUUGUGCUGUACUUCAUGGUGUCCCUCAUGGGCCUGGUGUACGCGCUGAUGCAGCUGGGUCAGCGCUGCGACUGCACCGAGCACGACCUGCCCAAGGAGCGAACCAUCUCCCGGCUGCGGGGGGAGCUGCACCGCCUUCAGGAACAGAUGAGGAAGUCGGAGGCAACCAAACAGCCGCAGAAACAGCCGGCCAAGCCCUCGCUGCCCACCAUCUUUGUCAUCACCCCGACAUAUGCAAGGCUGGUGCAGAAGGCGGAGCUGACGCGCCUCUCCCAGACGCUCCUCCAUGUGCCACAGCUCCACUGGAUCCUGGUGGAGGAUUCUCCCCACAAGACGCCCCUGGUGACCGACUUCCUGGCCAAGAGCGGCCUGAGCUACACACACCUGCACACACCCACGCCCAAGGACCGCAAGCUGCAGGAGGGUGACCCCAGCUGGCUGAAGCCUCGGGGAGCGGAGCAGAGGAACGAGGGGCUGCGGUGGCUCCGCGAGGACAGAAGGGCUCAGCAAGGAGCAGACAGCCAGCAGGGAGUGGUUUACUUUGCUGAUGACGACAACACAUACAGCCUCCAGCUAUUUGAAGAGAUGAGAAACACCCAGCGAGUGUCAGUGUGGCCAGUGGGGCUGGUUGGAGGGAUGAGGUAUGAGCGGCCUGUGGUUGAAGGAGGAAAGGUGGUGCGCUUCCACACCGGCUGGCGUCCCAGUCGCCCCUUCCCAUUGGACAUGGCCGGCUUCGCCGUCUCCCUCAGGUUGGUCCUGGAUAAUCAGGAUGCCUGUUUCGAUGGAGAUGCACCAAUGGGCUUCCUGGAAAGCAGCUUCCUUCAGGGAUUGGUUACCAUGGACGAACUGGAGCCCAAAGCUGACAACUGUUCCAAAGUACUGGUGUGGCACACACGGACAGAGAAACCGAAGAUGAAGAGAGAGGAGGCUCUGCAGGCUCAGGGACUGGGUUCAGACACCGCAGUGGAGGUCUGAAGGACAUACACACACACACGCGCACACACACACACACACACACAUACACACACAUUCAAAUCAAGUAUGAAUGGACAUAAAGUUAAAAAGCUACAGAAACCCACAGAAUGAACUUGACUGCAGUAAAUACAGUGAACGCCUACAUACAGACUGAAAAAUUCAUCAUUACACUACCUGUAAAAUGUUACACACUAUUAUUACACAUACACACACACACACACACACACAGUAAAGGGAACACUGCUGUUGUUUGAUGCUGUAUAUGGAACUCUACAUUGUAAAUACUGUAAACUAAUCAAAAACGUCUUGUCAAAGGCGACAUAUUUAAAUGUACCUGCUCAUGCCUGUCUGUGUUGUUUUGUGGCUGGUAGUAAGAGUGUGCGCGUGUGUGUGUGUGUGCGCACAUUUGUGCGUAUUGUAUGAGCUGUCAGCUGGGUAAGCGUGCUGUUGCAUCUGUGCUGACUGUACGUUAGUCUGCAUAUCAGGGUUUUUCUUGCUGUUGCUGAGGUUGAGGCCGUGACAUCGCCUUUGUCUAGCAAUACGAUGGUUGAAGACACUGUAAGGUAACUCUCUCUCCACAGAGCCUGGCUUCUUUUAUUUAUUUAUUUUCUUCAGUAAUGCUGCCCUGCAACACCUCCACCCACAAAUGUCUAAUUAUAGCACACCACCAUCAGGUCAGUGAGGUUGUGAUGAGGCUGUGUCCAUUCGUUAGUCCACAGAGUCCACACAUCAAACUUUAGGGGAAGAUGCAUCUUUCCUUUGUGUUCAUAAAACGAGCUCCCAUUCCUUUUACUGCCUGGAAAACUGGAACUUCCUUUCUUGGAAAAUCUUGAGUGUUGACCUUGUUCUGCGUAACGCCUAGGGGGUAAAAUGCUAUUUCAGGAGGUCUUGAAAAAAUUGCAAUCACCCAAAACAGGGCACAGUAAUUACAGGCCACAGCGCUGGUGCAGAUGGAAAAACCCUCACUCCUACUUCUACAUAGUGUCCAAUUGACACUAAACAUUAUUUGGCACAUUACACUGUUUGGCCUCCUGAGGGUGCUGUAAUUUAAGGUCGAAAUUUUUAACUCCAGCAUAGCAUUUCAGUAACCACUGGUGUAAUUUUUGAAACUCUGUGCUCCGACCUGCUUCAUCACAGAUACAGAUUUAGUGAAACUUGGAGGGAUGUUGCAUUUUGACACUGAUUGGUUCAAGGAGUUCCUGCCUCACUGGUGGGGAGGGAUUUAUAGGGAAUAGUUGCUGUCAAUGGGAAUGAGGUGGCCUUAGUGCAUUCCUGACAUCAGUCACAGCUUAGUGUGUUUUUUAGAGGUCAGAGUCCUCAGUUACCUCAUAGUGAAGGUAGUGGCUAUGAGCAGAUCACUCCACAGUCAUCUUUAUGGCUCUUCUUUCUUGAAAAACAGGCUCUCAGUGGAGGGAGGAGGUAAGGAUGCACAGCUUUAAGAGCAAACAUAAGUGAAAGAAAGACAGUGUUGAAACUCAUACAAAUGCCUUAAGCAAUAAAAAGAUACAAAAACAUAGUCAUUUCUACGUUUCUAUAGUUAGAUGGUCAGAAAAAACAACAAACAAAAAACAAGGAAAUAUUACAGUAGCAGUUGUUCAAUAAUAUAUUUGAGAGAAGCUUCAAAUAUUAUAUGAACCACUUGAGCUGUGCUUGAUUUAACCCCGCUGGCUCUGAACCAGCCAGAAAUAGAGAAAACUAAACAGCAAAAUAUCAGUAACAAUAAAACAAGUGCUCCUCAGCUACUGUUGUAUGAUACUGUAAAAACAGCUAGUGCCUGCUUCUGUGUUAUUAGUGCCUGUAAGUCACUUCUCACCUGGUGUAUAAUGUAUUUAUUACUAUGAUAUUGUUCUUUAUGUUGUAUAAUGUGACUGAAGUCUUAACUGUCUGUUCCUGGCCUUGAAAAAUAAACCAAAAAAUGGCAUAAACAUUU